CGGUUGAUGAGCGAUUGGUUCAUUGUUGAUAAGUCUAUUAAACCCGAAGAUGAAAAUGAAGGUUUGAUUGAAAUUCUAUUAAUCUGUGCAAACGCUUUCUUGUUAUAUGCUAGUUCUAAUUAUCUUAUUCAUUUAGGUGAAAAUAUUUCAAGUGUAUACUUGAAUAAACAUAUACCAAAAAGAAAGGUUGAAGAAAUAUUGCCGUAUGAUGCCAAUUUUCGGAAAGAGCUGUUAUCUUUAUAUCAAAAUAUGGGCUAUGUAUCAGCUUUACUUGAAAGUUCAUAUCAACACUAUGAACUUGCUUCUUUUUUGCAAGAAUUAAAAGUUUUUGCGUGA